AUCUGAUCGAUCGAAGAACAAAAACCACAGAGGUGUGAAGCUUCUCUAAUGGCGAUUUGAAGCAAAAAGGAAAAAGAAAGUUGUGGAGAAGAAGAAAAUGGAGGGUUGGCGAAAGGCGUUGAAAUCGAAGACUGUGUUCGUGACGGUCCACGUAACGGUGAUCGUCGGCGUUAUAAUCUCUUCCUUAUACGUCUUCUCCGCCAUUAACUCUUCUUCCUAUGGCUCCUCCUCAUCAUUUCUUUCUUCUCCUCCUCUCUCCAAUGUCGGCCGAUUUUCCGCUCAUUCACCAUCAAACUUAACCUCGGAUUUUCCGAUCCGGGCGCCUCCUCAUGACAAGAAAAUGCCCCCUCUCGAGACGUUCAGACUGACGAAAGAACUGGUCGGAGGAAGGGCGAAGGACAACAUCGUCAUCGUGACAUUCGGGAACUUUGCCUUUAUGGAUUUCAUCUUGAAUUGGGUUAAACACCUGACCUGUCUAGGCCUUUCCAACGUCCUAAUCGGCGCAUUGGACACGAAAUUGUUAGAGGCUUUGUACUGGAAGGGUAUUCCGGUUUUCGACAUGGGAAGCCAUUUGAGCGCAGCCGAUCUCGGGUGGGGUUCCGCUUCGUUUCACAAACUGGGACGGGAGAAAGUCAUUCUCAUCGACGCUAUCUUGCCUUAUGGUUAUGAGCUCUUGAUGUGCGACUCCGACGUGGUUUGGCUAAAGAACCCUUUACCCUAUCUCGCGAGGUACCCGGAAGCAGAUAUUCUGACAUCGACUGAUGAAGUCGUGCCGACAGUCGUUGAUGACAGUCUGGAUAUUUGGCAGCAAGUGGAAGCUGACUACAACAUUGGGAUUUUCCACUGGAGGCCGACGGAAUCAGCAAAGAAACUGGUGAAGGAAUGGAAAGACACCCUUUUGGCAGACGACCAGAUUUGGGAUCAGAUCGGAUUCAACGAGAUUGUCCGGAAACGGUUAGGCCCGUCAGUUGAUGGGGACAGCGGGGUUUUCUAUGCGUACGAUGGGAAUCUCAAGGUCGGGCUUUUGCCUGCUAGCGUGUUUUGCAGUGGCCACACAUUCUUUGUUCAGGGAACGUAUAAACAGCUGAGACUGGAACCGUAUGCUGUCCAUACGACAUUCCAAUACGCAGGCACCGAAGGGAAACGUCAUAGGCUCCGAGAAGCAAUGGUUUUCUACGACCCACCACAGUAUUACGACGCUCCAGGAGGUUUCUUGGCAUUCAAGGCAUCUAUUCCGAAAAGCAUGUUACUUGAUGGCCACCACACUCUUGCUUCCCAUUUCGCCCUCGUCAACCACCAAAUUAAACAAAUUAGAUCAGCUCUCGCCAUUGCUUCUCUGUUAAAUCGUACUCUGGUCAUGCCCCCGCUGUGGUGCAGGCUGGACAAGUUGUGGUUCGGACAUCCCGGAAUUCUUGAAGGAUCUUUGACUCGGCAACCUUUUCUAUGCCCUCUCGAUCAUGUGUUCAAGAUAGAUACCAUGUUGAAAGAGCUACCAGAGGACGAGUUCGGCCCGGGGAUCGGAAUCAGAGAAUAUUCCUUCUUCGACAACCCGUUAUUGCCAAAACACGUAAAAGAGUCAUGGCUCGAUGUGAAGCUUUGCCAUGAAGGAUGUGAAACCUCAGACAACACAAUUUCCUCCGGUUUCAUCAAGUUUCCAAAACGGAGCAGCGAAGAGAGAUUCAAGGCGACAUUCUCUUCCUUGAAGGAUGUUAAAGUGAUAAACUUUUAUUCGGUUCAAGAUGCUUUCACCGGAUUUUCCGACAAGGAGAGAGAAGAGAAAUUCAGAAGAAGGGUGAAGAGAUACGUGGGGAGAUGGUGUUGCGUGGAGAACCGGACUUUAGGACACAUCUACUACGACAUGUAUUGGGACGAGAAGCCUCCCCCUCUUCUCUGACGCCUUGUCCCCCAAGAAAACUUGUCCGAAUCAGAAGUGGCUUUUAAUGAGAUCAUGGGUAUCAGGUUUCUUGAGGGCUAAGAAACUAUAUUCUUGAGGAGUUAUAACUCUUGACAGAUAACUUUUUUUUUAUCUUUUUUAUAACGGUGGGAAUACUGCC